CUAUGUGCUGCAAUAGAAACACACUUACUUCUCUGUCUCCGCAUAUCUUUCUCUUCUAGUGAGAUUCGCUCCCAAGCCACAAGACACUUCCUGCUCAGAACCUAUUUCUUAACUUAAGUGACUUGUUAAAUGAGCCCUUACCCUGUGGGAUCUGAGGCUAUCUCCUGUAAACGAUGUCAGAAUUGAGUUGAACUGUAGGACAUUUGAGCUGGUAUUGCAGAAUUGCUUGGUGUGGGGAAAAAAUACCACACGUUUGACCACUGCUAUUUCAGACCCUGCAUCGAAAAUGCAAGCUCAGUCACCAAUGGUCAUUGUGACUCAGCCUGGAUAUGGUCCUGUACUCCAGAACUCCAACUGGCAGACAGGCCUGUGUGAUUGCUUCAGCGACUGUGGAGUCUGUCUCUGUGGCACAUUUUGUUUCAUGUGCCUUGCUUGUCAAGUUGCAGCUGACAUGAAUGAAUGCUGUCUGUGUGGAACAAGUGUCGCAAUGAGGACUCUCUACCGGACCCGAUAUGGCAUCUCUGGAUCCAUUUGUGAUGACUAUCUGGUGACCCAUUGCUGUCCUCAGUGUUCUCUUUGCCAAAUCAAGAGAGACAUCAAUAGAAGGAGAGCCAUGCAUACUUUCUAAAAAAAAAACCUAAUGGUGAAAAGCUCUCACUGAAGCAACUAAAACCAGCAGGCAUACACCUCUUCAGUUUGAACCCUUCUCUGCCUUUUGCAAAUGAAAUAUGACAGAUAUGCUUAAUCACAAUCAAUGGGAUAAAAGAAUGGAAUUUUGAUUUAUUUUAAAUGAGUGUUUUUGCUUAGUUUUGCUAAAUGGUUCAGCUUAGCUUCUCCUUGCUUUCAUAUUAUUAAAUUUUCUGGCUUAUGAAUUUUGUGUUACAUUUCAUAUAUAAACAAAAUAAAAGAUUUUACUAACAAGAUA